AUGAUUCACAUUCUUGGUCCAAUAGAAAUUGCUCAAGCAAGCACCUUUUCUCAAGCAGAGACUGCUGAACAUAAACUGAAGAAAGAAAAUUCAGGUACUCAGGGUGAUGGAGGAGGAGCUGGUACUGUUUCUGCUGUUGGUGAAGUUAGUUUAGUUGCUGCUGGUGGAGGAGUUGUUUCUGCUAUUACUGGUAAAGGAGUUGGUUCUGCUACUGCUGGUGUGGGAGAUGGUGCUGUUGCUAUAGGAACUGGUUCUACUGCUGGAGGAGUUGCUUCUGCUGUUGCUGUUUGUGCUGCUACUGCUGGUGAGGGAGAUGGUGUUACUGCUGUAGGAGCUGGUUCUAAUGCUGGAGGAGUUACUUCUGCUGUUACUGAACGUGGUUCUUCUGAUGCUGCUGUAGAUUCUACUUCUGUUAGCAUUGCUUCUUUAGGUACUUCUGCUGCAUUUUCUGUUACUGUACCUGAUUCUGCAUUAGUCACUCCUAGAGAUACUUUCUGUGAUGAUGAUACAGAUACCACUGGUGAUGUUGUUGUUGAUACGUCAUUGCCAGGAGAUCCUAUGGAUAGUCUGGCUGCCUGUAAUCACUGUUGCUCAAUUAGCACCACCCAGGAGGCACGUGUAGGGUAUUUUCAAGUUAAACCAAUGGACAAGAGCAAUGCUACCUCCCAGCAUGCAGUGCACCAGCAUGCAGAAAAAAUUCUGAAGUAA